AUGAUGUUGACACUUUCCAAAUUAUGGCACAAAGCUCACAUGACAAAGGGAGGUGGUGGUAAAGUUUCUUUGGCAAUUGUCACUAGUGGAGUAGAAGUUUGGUGA